AUGAAUAAGGUGAAAUUUGCACCCAAAGUAUCCGUAGCAGUAAUAGGUAUCGAUACAUUCCCCGGAGGUCGCAUUCCAGAAGGAAGUGAAGUUCAAUUUUCUUGUAAAGCUGAAGCAAAUCCGCCAGAACUGACUUAUAAGUGGUUUAUAAAUGACGAACCAGUAGUUGGAGAUUACACAACGUUAAUGGUAAUGUACAAUGUGACAAGGGCUUAUCACGACGCAAUCGUCAAGUGCGAAGUUCAUAAUCCUGUUGGAAAAUCUGAAGAAAGUGAAACCUUAGAUAUAAGCUAUGGUCCCCGGUUCCGCACUAGACCUCGGUCUGUCCAAGCAGAUAACGGAGCAACCGUAGCGCUUAGCUGCGACGUAGACGGUAAUCCUACGCCCGACAUUAUAUGGAUAUAUGAGGAAUCACAAAAGGUUGUCGGCAAUUCAGCAAAUUUAACAUUAACCGUCGUACCAGAAACUGCAGGCCGAUACUAUUGCAAGGCAUCUGUCCCUGGUUUCCAUGAAAUCGGUGCCAGAGCUCAAGUUUACUUGCGUGGACCUCCUGAAAUAGCUUCUGGAUCUACACAAUUCGGAAUCACUGGCGAUACGGUUCGUUUAGAAUGCAUAGCUCAUUCUGUGCCGCGUCCACAACGUGUUUCAUGGUCACGAUGGGGUCGUGACAUCGAUGACGAUGCUGAAUAUAGUGUCCUGGAAGAUCCUUUACCAGAUGGUCUUAAAAGCACAUUAAUUGUUAGAGAUAGCAGACCAAGACAUUUUGGAGAAUACAAUUGCACAGCAGCCAACGAAUACGGCGCAGAUGUUAUGGCUAUCAGACUUGUCCCAAGAAAAACUUUCCCUAUGCUUUUAACAAUAGUCGGAGCAGUUGCUGGCGUCAUCCUAAUAGUUAUAAUUACCCUCUCGGCCAUUCUAUGCCAAAAACGAAAACGCAGAAGGCACCACCAUGAAAACAGUGCCCGUGACAUGAAAUCUGCAGGACGGCCACAUGACGAAAAAUCUAUGGAUGGAAAUAAUCACACUACUAUUAUCACGAAUCAAUGUCGAGACAGUGACCGAAGUUCUAAUGUUAGUGAUUUAAAAUUGGAAUUAAGAGAGGAUUGCUAUUCUUCAAAUCAAGAGUAUUCUGAAGCUGGAUCGGAUGGUGGAAUAAACAGGACGAGCAUUGGUAUACCGAUGACAGGACCUGUGAAUUUGCCUGGUGGGGAAAUUUAUAGAUACUCUGCUGAUUAUACAGAACCACAUUUUCCUCCAAAGAGCAAUGAUGGUCAAAACAACAACGGAUACGUACCAUACGUCGAUUACACACGUGACUACAACCCACCAUCUCUUACCAUGAAACCUGCUUUACAACCAACUCUCGAGUCUUCAAGAGAAAGCCUACAAUCAACACGUCUACAUCUAAAUAGUCUCCAUUCCAACAAUUCUUUAUCUUCAAGUGGAACUCAUGUCACCGCUCAUCACCAUCCAGCUGGACAAGUGGUGUCUAACGGUAGUAUCAUGAUGGGCGGCGGCGGCUCUUUGACGCGCCGGCAAAAUAUUGACGGAAGUGGUUCUACGUAUCCUUCAAAUAGUCUGCAAAGAGGUAUUAAGGAUUCUAGACAUGAAAAUGGUCUGCCAACUGUUAUGCCGCCUGCAAUGCAUGAAAUGUCAUUGAUGCCAAAUGGAGGGUUACAUCCGCCAGGAAUAGAUGCAAGGUAUUCAGUAACGUACGGAAAUCCUUACCUCCGGUCUUCGAGUACAUCUUUACCUCCUCCGAGUACGGCAAACCCGUCAGCGACGCCUGCACCCCCGCCAUAUUCCCGUCGUCCUGCGGUUCCGCAGACCGAGGUCGCGGGGCCCGGACCUCAGGUCGCGCGACUGCCGAGCUCUCCCACGAGUCAGUACAUCGUCCCAGGCGCCGCGCAAACGCACAGCGUCAAGAAAGGAACGCUGGCGACGCACGUGUGA